CAGAAACCCAAAUUAUAGACCUUCGUAGGAAGCAUUUCUUUUCAUAGCUCGGAAUCGGCGCUGCGGUUGCAGUCGGAUGCUUAGAUCCCAGCUCACCCACAACCAGCAUCUCCAUAAUAAAAAAAAACCGUCUUCUCCAUGGCCGCCAUCCGCGGUAUCCAAAACGGUGGGAGGGUUUAGUACGACAGCUACAACUAAGGGUUCUUCAAUCGAUGGGAUUAAAGAUAUCGUCGCUGUUGCUUCCGGGAAAGGCGGCGUAGGGAAAUCAACUACUGCAGUUAAUCUAGCUGUCGCACUUGCUAAGACAUGCCAACUAAAGGUUGGCUUAUUGGAUGCUGAUAUAUAUGGACCUUCUAUUCCUACAAUGAUGAAACUCCAUGAAAAGCCAGAUGUGAGUAAAGAGAUGAAGAUGAUUCCUAUGGAAAACUAUGGCGUAAAGUGUAUGUCCAUUGGGUUUCUUGUUGAGAAGGAUGCUCCAAUUGUGUGGAGAGGUCCAAUGGUAAUGAGCGCUCUUGAAAAGUUGACAAGAGGAGUUGCUUGGGGAAAUCUCGACGUUCUCCUUGUUGAUAUGCCCCCAGGAACGGGGGAUGUGCAGUUGACUAUUUCUCAGCGGCUGAAGUUAUCUGGUGCUUUGAUUGUCUCGACUCCUCAGGACAUUGCUUUGAUUGAUGCUCGAAGAGGAGCCAACAUGUUUCUUAAAGUUGAAGUUCCGGUGUUGGGAUUGAUUGAGAACAUGAGCUUCUUCAAAUGCCCUAGCUGUGGUCUGAAUUCCUACAUUUUUGGACAUGGUGGAGCGCGUCACACGUCAGAGGAAAUGGAUUUGAGAUUCCUUGGUGAGGUUCCUCUAGAAAUAGAUAUCAGAAGUGGCUCAGAUGAAGGUAAUCCCAUUGUUGUCUCUGCACCUAACUCCGCUUCAGCUAAAGCGUACACCAAUAUGGCUGAGAAAGUGAUGCUACGGCUGGCUGAACUGGCAGAAGAGCGGCUGUUAGGCCCUCAAAUAUUAUUGUAAGUUUAGACUUGAAAACCAAACCAAGAUUCAGAUGUUUGAGCAAAACUUUGAUGCCAUAGAAUGAUUGAUUAUUUGCUUAUAUUUUGUACUGUUAUAUUAUAUGCAAAGUAUGUAACAUGUUUAAAGCAAGUUCAAGGCUUUCAAAAUGACAGUUUUAAUCUU